AUGCCACCCACGCGAAGAUUAGUACGGCGGCGGCCGUUGAAGGAGCGCAUCAUGGCGAUGCUGAAUCCCAUGGACUUCUUGCUAUGGGUAUCGGAAGAGAUUGAGACACGAGAAUGGGACUCCAAGGGAACUGGCACACGCGUCGGUUUGUUCAUGAGCCUCGCCUUCCUCUUGGCUCGCGCAAACACUGGGGAGACGGUUCUGAUGUGGAUGACGUGUUUGGCGAUGACUCUGCGACAGGUUGGGUCCCUUAUAUCGUUGUUCGAGGCCAACAUUGAGAAUGCGCCGCAGACAUCGUCCGCGAGGAGGGUCAAAGUGCAGUCUGAGCCGGUGUCAUCCUCUCCACUUCGAUUCCUCACAGGCAUGGCGCCGAGCGAGACGGCGGAGUCGCGCGCGCACGUCGACAAGGCAAACGACGUAUGGGAACUUGCCAUCUGGGACCCUCUGGCAAUCUGCCUUCAGGUGUUUUGCCUCUUUAGCCCGGGGCACGUGCUCGUAUACCUCAUGUUCCUUCCCAUCACGCCUCUAGACCCGCGGCCUAGCGUGGCCGUGUUCAAUUGCGUGCUCCUCCAGGUGAUACUGUCGGGGCAGCUUCUCUUUAUGCAGUCUCGCUUCAAGCAGCAGGCCAAGGACAUGUCCAUCAUCCACCGCGAGGUGCUCAACGAGUACGACACCAAGUUUGUCCACCCUCGCCUCCACCCCGUAGUGCGCGAUGUGGCCACCCAGGUCGAUACGGAGACGGCACCUAGUGAGACGGAUCCGGACCUGUUCAACCAAAGCGUCUCGCUUUAUUCCGAGGCAAAGCCUGCCCGCGAGCAUGGCAACGCCGAGACUCGCGAGCCCCACGCCGGGGGCCAUGGGGUCACCAGCCGUGGCGACGCCUGUGGGCACCCCUGCCGGACUAUCGAUGGGCGUCUCGACGGGCACGUCGACGGGCACCAACUUUGGGGGCAGCUUGGGGUCUUUUCGCACUCGAGGUCGCCGUUGAAGAAAGCCAUUAGUAUGGGCGACAUGAAGGCGUCCUCGCCGCGCAACUCGCGUGAGAUGGCGGCGCUGGAGCAGGGAGGGUGGAACCGCGGAUCCAGCCCGCUGCAAGAAGGAAGGAGGCAGACGACGUCGAACCUCGCGCCGUCGGGGAGCGGUCCUGGUGGGGCGGCUAGCGGGAACGCGGCGCGUAACUCACUCGCGAAUGCGAGCCCUCUUUUUCACGUCUAG